AAUUAGAUAGCUCCUCCAGUCUGGCAAGCCCCUGGGUGUAGAGGCAGUAGUUAGAGCUCAUGGAGUCCUUAAUGCAAUUGAGACAAGGCAUUUUUCAUGAACACUGAACUUCCUGCCACCAAGUGUCACACCCUGGAGGGAUAGGUGUGUAGAAUCCAUAGCAUUGGCAAGCAGAUGCCAUUCUCUGGUUGAAGUUGGCUGGACUUAACCUUUACUGGGCACUAACUCUCAGUCAGUCUUUUCAAGCUUUAUGACAGUCCUGUCAAGUAGUCCCAUCUCUGGGAUGAAGACACUGAGGUUAGUGCCACAUGGCUAGUGAAAGAACUUACUCCAAGGGCUUAACCAAGGUCUUCUCUCUCUCCACUUGAGCUUCAGUAGCUGUGGUGCAUAGGCUUAGUUGCUCCUUGGCAUGUGGGAUCUUCCUGGAUCAGGGAUCAAACCCAUGUCCCCUACAUUGGCAGCCAGAUUCUUAACCACUGGACCCUCAGGGAAGUCCUGAACACUUGUUAUAAAAAGCACACACACAGAAAGAAUGUUUAAACUUGAUUUUCUCAAGCAAGAGUCCAAAAUGAUUUGGUUUAUAUACUGCAAGAUGGGAGUGGGUGAUGUGUCAAGGGUCUGUUUACCUGGGGGACUGAAGGGUGAGCUCUGUGGCCCAGCUGAGUCACGGUGAGCCCCUAAGACUUCUGAGAGGAGCAACUUGGAGACUGCAACUCACAUUCCUAUAAACUUUCGUAGCAAUUGUCCCAGGGGUAUCCAGGAGAUAUGUAAAUUCAUUUUUUACUAGUCUUCAAUUAUAAUACAUCCAAGAUUUUCCGAGAUUUAGAAACCAUUGUGUUCAGCUGAUUGUAAACUAACUUCCUUGAAUGCUAAGAACUCCCCAUCUCUCCCUAACCCUACCCCACCCCACCUCACCUCACCCAGGUCUAGCGUCAGCUUUGGGGAACUUGGAAACCUCUGGUGAUAAGGUCAGUUGGGAAUUUAGGAAGUCGUGGGUGUCGGAAGUAAAGGUGUAAAAAACGGGGAGGAGGAAUUGGUUUUGGCUCUAGGACACAGGGAACUUUCAAGGUUCUUGCAAAACCGUUGCAGCUCUUGAAAGCCUUAAAGUCAUCAGCGCCCCACUGCGGAAUUCAGAGCUUGUCACAAUUGUUAACACUUUCUUUGACCAGUUUUUUUGUAUUUAACGAGUAUUGUCUUCUGAGCCUUCUUUACCCCCAGCAGGAAGGUUCUGCUGUUUUGGCUUUAGGGAGUGUUCUACACAAAGCACAGCCCCUUCGCUUGCAGCAGUCGGGGGAUUUCUACCUGCUUGGUUUGCAGGAUGCCGGUGCAGCUGACAACAGCCCUGCGCGUGGUGGGCACCAGCCUGUUUGCCUUGGCAGUGCUGGGUGGGAUCCUGGCAGCUUAUGUGACAGGCUACCAGUUCAUCCAUACAGAAAAACACUAUCUGUCCUUCGGGCUGUACGGUGCCAUCCUGGGCCUGCACCUGCUCAUCCAGAGCCUAUUUGCCUUCCUGGAGCACCGGCGCAUGCGGCGGGCAGGCCGGACCCUGAAGCUGCCCUCCCCACUGCGGCGCUCGGUGGCGCUCUGCAUCGCUGCGUACCAGGAGGACCCCGACUACCUGCGCAAGUGCCUGCGCUCAGCCCAGCGCAUCGCCUUCCCCGACCUCAAAGUGGUCCUGGUGGUGGACGGCAACCGCCAGGAGGAUGCCUACAUGCUGGACAUCUUCCAUGAGGUGCUCGGCAGCACCGAGCAAGCCGGCUUCUUUGUGUGGCGCAGCAACUUCCAUGAGGCGGGUGAGGGCGAGACGGAGGCCAGCCUGCAGGAGGGCAUGGACCGCGUUCGGGACGUGGUGCGGGCCAGCACCUUCUCAUGCAUCAUGCAGAAGUGGGGAGGCAAGCGAGAGGUCAUGUACACAGCCUUCAAGGCCCUUGGUGAUUCGGUGGACUACAUCCAGGUAUGUGACUCUGACACUGUGCUGGAUCCAGCCUGCACCAUUGAGAUGCUUCGAGUCCUGGAGGAGGACCCUCAAGUAGGGGGAGUCGGGGGAGAUGUCCAAAUCCUCAACAAGUACGAUUCAUGGAUCUCCUUCCUGAGCAGUGUGCGGUACUGGAUGGCCUUCAACGUGGAGCGGGCUUGCCAAUCCUACUUUGGCUGUGUGCAGUGCAUCAGCGGGCCCUUGGGCAUGUACCGUAACAGCCUCCUUCAGCAAUUCCUGGAGGACUGGUACCACCAGAAGUUUCUGGGCAGCAAGUGCAGCUUUGGGGAUGACCGGCACCUCACCAACCGAGUCCUGAGUCUCGGCUACAGGACUAAGUAUACAGCUCGCUCUAAAUGCCUCACGGAGACCCCCACCAAGUACCUCCGGUGGCUCAACCAGCAGACCCGCUGGAGCAAGUCUUACUUCCGGGAGUGGCUCUACAACUCUCUGUGGUUCCACAAGCACCACCUCUGGAUGACCUACGAGUCAGUGGUCACGGGUUUCUUCCCCUUCUUCCUCAUUGCCACAGUCAUACAGCUCUUCUACCGGGGCCGCAUCUGGAACAUUCUCCUCUUUCUGCUGACAGUGCAGCUAGUGGGCAUUAUCAAGGCCACCUACGCCUGCUUCCUGCGAGGCAACGCAGAGAUGAUCUUCAUGUCGCUCUACUCCCUUCUCUAUAUGUCCAGCCUCCUGCCGGCCAAGAUCUUUGCCAUUGCUACCAUCAACAAGUCUGGCUGGGGCACCUCUGGCCGAAAAACCAUUGUGGUGAACUUCAUUGGCCUCAUCCCUGUGUCCAUCUGGGUGGCAGUCCUCCUUGGGGGGCUGGCCUACACAGCUUACUGCCAGGAUCUGUUCAGUGAGACAGAGCUGGCCUUCCUGGUCUCUGGGGCCAUCCUGUAUGGCUGCUACUGGGUGGCCCUCCUCAUGCUGUACCUGGCCAUCAUCGCCCGGCGAUGUGGGAAGAAGCCAGAACAGUAUAGCUUAGCCUUUGCUGAGGUGUGAUGCAGCCCCCAAGCAGAGCGGGAAGAGUGCAAUGGGUAAGGGAGGGAAGGGGAAUGGAAGAGAAGACAGGGUGGGAGGGAGAGGGAGUGCUGUUUUAGUUUCUUAAUGGUCCAAAGUGCAAAGAAUGGUGACUGUCGUAUGGCCUGGGACAGCUCUGCUUCGAGGAGGCAAGUCCAGUGCAGCGGAGGAGGCAGAGGAGGCACUGUUUUCAGGCCACUUGUCUGCUGCCUCCGCACAUACAGGGGGCCUCUGGGCAAGAUUCCACUUCCUCCCCUGAAAUCCAGAGGGAACUCAGAAGUGUACUAAAGCAAACAGUAAGUUCCCUUCAGUGGCAGCUUCUCACAGGUGAGUGAGCAACGAGGGCCCAUGGGAGGGGUUCUCAGUCCACCUGAACACAAUCAGAGGUGGUGGGAGUACUUCUGAGUGAUCUGGGCCAGCUAGUAACACCCACCUCAGUCUAGUUAUCAAUGCAAUAAGAUUGUGCCUGAAAUACAAGGCCCAGAAGCCUGAUCUUUGGGCAUCAGAAAACAGGGUCCAGGAAUGGUGCUUUCUUAUGUGAAGUACCUCAUUCCACAUCUCAGCAUCCCAAGGAUGAGCCAGACUAGCAGGGAGUUAGCACUGUACUGUUUUUAAGUGUGUGUGUGUGUGUGUGUGUGUGUAUGUUAAAAAGGAAAGCUGGCCAGGAGGAACAAACAUUGAUGGUGGUGCUAAAAGCCAUGGGUUACAUGGAGGCUGGGAGCUGACUGUAUUCUACCUGGAAAUUGCCCAAACAUCUAGAUUAGCUUGUCUGUGAUCUCUUCUGAGGAGGUGAAAUGUUUUGGUCAUCUACCAAGAAGAUCAAACCCUAAUGUGAUAAGAAAGGAAGUGAGGACUUGGGUAUUACAAACUGUAUACUCCUGAAUUCCUCUUUCAAAUUCAGCUCUAAGCCAGCCUCCUUACUUGGCUUCCCUUCACGGUGAUAGUCACCUCUCCCACCCUCCUCCUCACCAAGUUUUUCAAGGUGGCGAGUGAGACAGAGCCUAGGGCUCUCCUCGGCCCCUCUGCAGUCGGCCAGCCUGCCAUCAGCAUGUGGGGGGAGAUUAGGAGUCUCUGACCAAACUGGCUGCAGCCUGGAGCUGCCUGGACAGGUUCCUUGGCAGCUGGACAGCACACAUGACAUUCAGGCUGUAGCUCUUGACAAUCACCUCUAAUGGAAAGCUUUUCAGCAUUCCCUAAGUGAGCCCUCAGUCCAAGCCGGUCAUCGUUGAGACUGUCCAUCCUCCUCAGUGGCUUCUCCAGGGAAUGCUUACAGCCAAGUUGUGGAUAGUCACUACUGCACUUGCUUGCUCCUGUCCAGAAACCAAACAAAGGGAUGGAACUGGUAUCUAAAUUCUAAGGUUCUUGUCUUCUCUCACGCCUCUUGAGGAUGUUUGAUUUUCCUCUGCUUUUUUGGAGAGGGUGUGAGGGAAGGCUGUUUUCUACAGAUUUGCAAUCCACAAGACUGCUCUGAGCUCUUGGGUUUAAAACCUGGGAUACUGACUAAGCCUUUGACUUAGGGGUUGCUUGCUCCAGUGUGCUCUCUCCAGAUGUCCACUCCAGAGGGCCUGCUGACCUGUCAGAACCAGCACCAAGGUGGAGAGUAGUUGGGGGCAAGCCUCUAGUGUGCCCAGGUGCUGCCCAUAAAGGAAUUAGGUGCACUCUGAGCGACUGGAAAACCUUGGUGCUUCCCUUCAUCGCCCGCCAACUCAUGGGUUUUCCAGGUGCGCCAACACUGCUGCAUCGCACAGGCCUCGCGUUUCUAAGAAGACUGCUGGUUGACAUCAGGCCUAAUCCAUGAAGGCUAGGAAGAGGCAGCAGGCAUUUGCUAAAGGCAGUUGUUCCGGGCUCUUCCGUGUUUUUGCUGGCCAAGAAGUAAACUAUUUUGAGCACUACAAUGGAGGAAAUCCGGUCAGCCAACUGCAGAGCUCAGACUUCACUAAGGGCUUGUUUUUCUUCAGCUUUUACUUGAAGGUUAACGUGGGAUGGACUCCCAGAUGGAGAACACUCGGCAGUCCUACUCUCAGCUCUGCCUUGCACUUAAGAGAUUAUCAACUUUCCCCAGGUCGAGCAGGCAGGUACAAGUAAGUGGGCUCACAACGUUUGACCUCGACUGGUUUUUCUAAGUUAUUUUGUACAUUUUUCAGCAGCGAAACCAAACUGGGUCUUCAGCUUUAUUCCCGUUUCUUGCAAGGGAAGAGCCUUUAUACAAUUGGACAUGUUUUGUUUUUUCCUCAAUGAGAAUUUUAAUCCUCUUUUGUAUUAUUUCUACAAUUUGUAAACAUAUUUAUUUUUACUUUUUUUUUUUUUUUUUAACUUUCUGGUGAAAUUUUUUAUACUGCACUUAUUUGUCAAAAUAAAGAAUCUCACUUAAGGCUGGUAUCUCUGAACUCCUCCUUUCCUCUUUGAACUAAUGAAAGCUCUUUAAUUCAGUUCCAUGAUGGGUAUUUGAGGCAGAACUAGUUUCAGCAAGGUAAUUCCCAUGGAACUCAGAAGCAGGUAACUCGUCAAAGCUGCCUCUGGACCUGGGGAUACAGUAGGCCUGCCUGGUAACUGCACACCUGUGGUGGCUUGGUUUUUACUGCAGAGGAUGCAUAGGGUCUGUGGAGAAAUUACUGAGCCAAUGAGUUAGCCCUAGCUAACCAGUUAAGGCUAAAAAUCAAAGCUUGCUUCCUCCUUGAGUGAAAGUAUAUUAUCUUGAGAGGUCAUGGAGGAUUCUGGCCAAGUUGAAACAAUGAAAAGCAGUGGUUAAACUUCCUUCCCUGUGGAACAGGUAAUAAAAAGGGAGUGAAAUCAACAGCCCUCUCGUCUCAUUUAUUAAAGAAACAGUAAGAAAAGAUACAAUGCGGGAAAAACACCAACCAUCCUUUCACAUCAGGCUGAACAGAGCACAGUGAUUUCUCCCCUUUAUCCCCCCACCCCCACCCCAAUUCCCAUAAUCCCAUCCACAUCAGUUUAAUCUUGAGGUUCUUUGAUUGGGAGUUACCAGUGGAGAGGGAGUUGGAUGAGCAGUGGAGCCUUGGUUCUGGCUUCCUCUAAGUCCCAGGAGAAGGAAGCUGCAGUCCGUCUGGGGAUACAGCAGAUGCUGUAUUUGAUGGCUCUCUGAAGUAGCUGCACUUCCCUGUUCUGUGUUCAAGCCCCCGAGGGAAGAAGGUAUGGCAGGAGAGGAUGACCAGGUCAGUGUUGCAGAAGCAUGGUCCUUUC